UCUGUUGUCUACCAUGAGAUGUGGAAAAAUUGCGUGCUCUACUGGUGCUUGCAAAUCAAACAUUUUAUUUUCGUUUUUACUUUGGCCUUCGCUUAAGUAAAUAAAAUGUUGACUAUAAAUGGCGAGGAAAGCUUAGACGACUCGUCAGAAUUAGAUAGCAGAUAGUGCCGAAAUGAAGUUGUCAAAGUUGAUGCUGGCUUUCCUGUGCCUCGGGCUCUUCGUAACCCUGGUGGCGAGUGCCGAUACGGAUACGGAUGCGUCCACCGAUUCCGACGACAGUUCCUCAUCUUCAACGGAGGCCAGUACCACGGAAAGUACCACUUCCUCCGACGACGAUGGUAGUACGGAUGUGGAUGACGCAUCCUCAGAUGACUCAGAUACAGAUACAGAUACAGAUACCGAUUCGGAUUCCGAUUCGGAUGAUACUGCAACCUCAGCUCCGGUGACGAAAAAGAGGAAGACCAGCAACAACAAGAAGAAGGCCAACAGCAAUAAGAAGAAGGCCAACAAGAACAAGAAGAAGGCCAAUAACAAGAGGAAGGCGGCCAAAAACAAUCGCAGGAAGAAGAACAACAACCGCAAGAAGGCCAACAACAACAGGCGCAAAAACAACUCCAGAAGACGCGGUUAAAGCGGAAAAAAAUACCAUAAAAAUUCAACAGUAUCAGGACUAUAUGCAUAAAUAAAUACAAUUUUUUUUCAUGAUU